AUGGAUUCAAUAUCAUCUCCAGACAACAAUUUCAUUCCAUUGUCAUUGAGCCACAUGCUCGUAUAUUACACGGCGUUUGUUAAUCAAGGAAUUGUUCUGUUGACUUCAAUCAAUCGAUUUACAAUGCUAUAUUUUUCAGUAUGGUAUGAUAAAAUUUGGAAAUAUGGAUUCUACCCGAUUGUGAUAGUUAUGACAAUUGGUUCACUACCACACAAUCUACCUCUUCUUCUCAAGCCGAGUUACUUUGUAUUCAGCAAGAUCACAAAAACCUACUUUACACAAACCGCUGCUGAUCUCCUCGGAAUAUCUCACAUUCUUCUAACAUGGAUGAUCGUUAUAGUGAUUCUUAACAUCAUUCUCAAUUCCUUAUGCUUCUACCAAAUCAAUUCCAUGAAACUCUCAUGUCGAAAUCGAACAACUCGAAGGUUAUUCUUGGUCUCAUUCUGCUAUUUUUUGACACAAUGUGUUGUUUUCACGAUAACAUAUGGAUUAAAUAAAACUACCGCUGAAGAUCCAUUACACACUAAACCUUUGUCCAAUCUCUUUUUCGAAAUCGCCCCAUAUGCUAAUGAUUUGUUGGCAAUUUCACCUCCAUGGAUAUUAUUGUGCGCCAGUAAUACACUACAAAUGAGCUCGAAAGUAGUUAUCGUUGCCGUCCUCUUAUUCGUCUUUGCCGUUACGGCGUUAGCUGACAAUUCAACUCAAGUUUCGACCACUUUACCAAGUCCAGUUACAAUCAACUCGACAACUCUCGCUCCCGACUCCAGUACUUUGACACUUCCGGAAUCUCAACUUGGUAAUAAUGCCGUUGAUCAAACUAGUGACAAACCAAGAACGAAUACGUCUACAUACAAAAGGCUGGAUGAAAUCGGUCACACGUUAACAGCUUAUAGCGAAAAUGAAACUCCGCCAAUAUCGCAGACUUUGAGCACUGCUCCAAACACUGCAUUGACAGAUGCUCCUGUCACAGAUUCAACAACUACUACUAGCUCAUUUGAUGCCUCAACCACCAGCGUUGAUUAUUCUACGACCACCCAGAGCACCGCUUCUCCAACCGAAUUCAAGACAACAACUGAUGCGCCAUCCACGUCCAACGGAUGGAGUACUCCUCAACAUCCUGCCUCAACCGACACUGCUGUUCCAGAUUCAACUACCAGAUCAUUUGACGCCUCAACCACCAGCGUUGAUUAUUCUACGACCACCCAGAGCACCGCUUCUCCAACCGAAUUCAAGACAACAACUGAUGCGCCAUCCACGUCCAACGGAUGGAGUACUUCUCAAAAUCCUGCCUCGACCGACACUGCUGUUCCAGAUUCAACUACCAGAUCAUUUGACGCCUCAACCACCAGCGUUGAUUAUUCUACGACCACCCAGAGCACCGCUUCUCCAACCGAAUUCAAGACAACAACUGAUGCGCCAUCCACGUCCAACGGAUGGAGUACUCCUCAACAUCCUGCCUCAACCGACACUGCUGUUCCAGAUUCAACUACCAGAUCAUUUGACGUCUCAACCACCAGCGUUGAUUAUUCUACGACCACCCAGAGCACCGCAUCUCCAACCGAAUUCAAGACAACAACUGAUGCGCCAUCCACGUCCAACGGAUGGAGUACUCCUCAAAAUCCUGCCUCGACCGACACUGCUGUUCCAGAUUCAACUACCAGCUCAUUUGAUGUCUCAACUGCAAGUGUUGAUUAUUCUACGACGAAAGUUAAUUCUGAAGCGACGCAUCAUACAAGAACAACAGGCGCGUUUGAUAUUUCGACUACCGAACAAGUUUCAACUACAAAUUCGUUUGAAUCGACAGUAGCCGUUACCACUAUUGAAUCAACAACUAGGGCUUCUACUACUUCAGCAACAGAUCAGCCGGCGACAACUAAAAUUGUUUCUUCAACGACUCAACAAAUUACAACGACAGUGGGCAGCACCGAAACCCAACCGAUAGUAACAUCACAGACUUCAACAAAUGCAAGUGAUCAAACUACAACAUCAGUACAAGUCGAAACAACAGAAAAUCCAAGAGAAUCAACGACAUUUGAUGACACGAACACCACUGAAGUAGUUUCGACGGCAACCUCGGCUACCAACGAACCACAAAGGACGACUAGAAUCAAAUUCUCAUCUUCUGCAAAUCCAACCACUACGACUCAUGAAGCGACUACCCAAUCUGCGACAUCAGUAUCCCUCAUUCUUCUAACAAUUAUUACAUUUACCGUUGCAUUGCUUCUGUAA